UAUUUAUUUGGAUUUUCUCGGUAGGUUAUGUAGUUGUAUGCGAUAAAAAUAAUAUUGCAGAUCUAGCUUAUCUUUGUCAUUAAAAAUGAUCAUAUAUUUUGAACUUUUGAACUCUGUUGCUAUUCCAAUUAUAGUAGGAGCAUUAUCAAUUUUUAUUCUUUCGUUUUUCAUUAGAAACCAAAAACUCAUUGAUGAUUGGUUAACAUCAAAAACAAAUUCUGUUUCGAGUAUCUCCGUCAUCAAGAAAAAUAAAAUUGUUUCAAAUUCUAAAGUAAAUGAAAAUACGACUGAAUCUCCUGCUAGUCAGUGUAAUAGUUUAAAUUGUUGUUCUCAACCAAGAGAUUCAACAAAUUUUUCGGGUGGAGCCGGUAAGCUGAAUUCUGUUAUUGUUUUCUUCGGCACUGAGACUGGUAAUACAAAGGCACUUGCUCUCAAGUUAGCAAAAUUCAUCACUCAAAUACCAGUGCAAUUGAUUGAUUUGAAAGAUCUUGAUGCAGAGGAUAAAGUCUUGGAACAGUUGAACAUUAAUACUCUGUGCGUUUUUGUUCUUCCGACUCACUUUGGAGGAAAACCGCCGAAAUCGGCUGAGAUUUUCUUCAACUGGUUGCACGAGUCGUCCAACGAUUUUCGUGUUGAGAAAACGCUGCUCAAAGGAUUGAAAUUCGCUGUUUUUGGUCUUGGCAAUUCACAGUAUGCUGAUAAUUAUAAUGUGGUUGGCAAACAAGUUGACGCUUCGCUUGCUGAUUUGGGAGCUGACAGACUGAUCGAACUAGGUCUGGGUGAUGAGGACGAGACAGCCAGCAAAAAUGGCGGCUUGGACGAGGAUUUCGAUGUUUGGCUCAGCCAAUUGGCCAACGUUGUCGAGAAUUGGCCAAACAAUUCAACAUGCACCAAAACUGAUAAUUCUCUGCAUUCGAAAUGCCUGACGAAUGCAAAGGCAGAUAGCAGCAGUAGUGAGAGUGGAGGUGAAGAAGAACUGAUGGAUAUGGAGGAUAUUGGUGUGAUGAUGGGGAAACACAAGCAGAAGGCUGAUGAACCCCAUGGCAAAGAGAUGAUCACUCCCAAACUGAGGCAAGUGCUCACCAAACAGGGAUAUCGCCUCAUCGGAACACAUUCCGGGGUCAAAAUGUGUCGGUGGACUAAGUCGAUGUUGCGAGGUAGAGGCGGCUGCUACAAGCACACAUUCUACGGCAUUGAGAGCCACCGCUGCAUGGAGGCGACUCCCAGCCUGGCCUGCGCCAACAAGUGUGUGUUCUGCUGGCGACACCACUCCAACCCAGUCGGCACUGAGUGGCGGUGGAAGCAGGACUCGGCCCAAGAUAUACUGGACGGCGCGCUCGCCAACCACUACAACAUGAUCAACCAGUUCAAAGGUGUACCAGGAGUUAUCCAAGCAAGAUUCGCUGAAGGUCUUGAAGCUAAGCAUUGUGCCUUGUCAUUGGUUGGUGAACCUAUAAUGUACCCAGAAAUCAACAAAUUUAUUACAUUACUCCACGAUAAAGGAAUAUCAUCGUUCCUUGUGACUAAUGCUCAGUUUCCCGAGGCAAUACGAAAUCUGAGUCCUGUGACACAACUCUAUGUAAGUGUGGACGCCAGUACAAAAGAGAGUCUCAAGAAAAUAGAUAGACCUCUUUUCAAAGAUUUUUGGGACAGAUUCAUUGACAGUCUCAAGGCCCUUUCCGAAAAGGGCCAGAGAACUGUUUAUAGAUUGACUUUAGUGAAGGCAUGGAAUUUCGACGAAUUGAAUAACUAUGCUCAACUAGUAGAGCUUGGAAAUCCCGAUUUCAUCGAAAUAAAGGGAGUGACUUUCUGCGGCGACAGCAACAAAGUAAACAGCUUGACAAUGCAGAACGUGCCUUGGCAUGAAGAGGUUGUGUCGUUUGCUGGCAAACUUGUCGAUCUAUUGCCAAAUUAUGAUAUUGCAUCAGAGCACGAGCAUUCCAAUUGCAUAUUGAUAGCUCAUAAAAAGUUUCAGUAG